UCUUGUUUUACAACUUUCUCUUUCCCAGCAUGAUACGCGAGCUCCAGCGGUGCCACUGAUCCAUUUCUAUCCAGAGGAUAAACCCCUCUAUUUAUGUGUAGGAUUAAACAGUGAGUGUGUUGCGGGCGCCUGUGUGGAUCUCUGUGCUCAUGGAUUGCCUUGACGGAUCCCUCGGGCAGUUCAGGAACUUCAAGAAGGACGACUUUGAGGCUGAUUGGAUUAAGGUGGCAGAAUGCAGAUUUGGUCAGGUGUACCAAGUCAAGCUUAAGGUCUGGCGGGUGAAAUGCGCCCUGAAAAGCUUUGACACAGCCUUGUAUCCAAACAGCUUUUACAGGAGAAUAAUAGAUGAGGCAUCCGACAUAGCCAAAGUGAAAUUCAAGUUCGUUGCGUCCGUAUACGGAUUGUGCAGUGAUGCAUCUGCCGUUGUGAUGGAGUACAUGAGUAAUGGAUCGCUGAACAAUCUCCUAGCCAGUCACACUCUGAUGUGGCCAAAGAAGUUUCAGAUGAUUCAUGAGACCUCCAUGGGCAUGAAUUUCCUCCACAGCUUGAAACCUCCGCUACUCCAUCUUAACCUCAAGACAUCCAACAUCCUGCUGGACGAUCAUCUCCAUGUCAAGGUUUCAGAUUUUGGUUUAAUCCACUGUGAAGAGGGCAUGAGCAAGAAGUUGUUCAUGGAGAAUUUGACAGCAAGAGGGAACAUAAGUUACAUUCCUCCAGAGACCUUCACUCAGUGCCCCGAUCCUCCAGGAACUACCUUUGAUGUUUACAGCUUUGGAAUUGUGAUUUGGGAGAUUCUGACACAACAGAAACCAUAUGCAGGGUGCAGCAUGACCACAGUGCUCUUACAGGUGUCAAACGGUAAGAGACCCUGUGUGGAGUUGAUACCUGACCAGAAGCCCCGGGAGUGUGAUCAGAUGAUCAGCAUCAUGACACAGUGCUGGGACCAGGACCAGAUGAAAAGGCCUCACUUCUCAGAUAUUGUAAGGAAAACAGAGGCUCUCAGUGAAGUCCUGAAGAUCCCAGGACCAAUCCAAUGUGACAAAAAUGGUGACAAAGGACAGAAAUCAAAUUAUCCUUGGAUGGUUUCUCCGAAGAUUGCUUUUCCUGAGAUGCCUGACCUUCCCUCUGAUUACCAACAUGACAAAAACAGCAUUCUGUUUCUGCUGUCCAAAAAGGACUUUGGUAGUUUCAAAAAGUCUGUGAGAAAAGAGCACGUGAGCUCGCAGUUUUCUGGUAAAAAGAGCCUCCUCCACUACACGGUAGCCAGCAGGGAUGCAGAGAGUGUCGAGCAUGUUCUGAAGUUGGGUGCUGAUGUCAACUGUACGACUACCAGAGGUUACACUCCUCUUAUUGUUGCUGUUCUGCACAGCGUUCAUUGCAUCAUCUCUUUGUUGCUGGAACAUGGAGCAGAUCCCAGCCAGGGAGAUGAGGACCAGUGGACAGCUCUCCAUUUCGCUGCUCAGAAUGGCGAUGACCGGAGUGUCCGUCUUCUGUUGGACAAAGGAGCUGUGGCGGAUGCUCGGGAAAAAGACGGUUGGACGCCCCUCCACCUGGCCUGCCAGAACGGCCAUGAAACAUUGGUGCGCCUGCUGCUUUCACGGCUGUCGGAGGAGGCUGUCGGAGAACGGGAGGCACAAGGGAGGACGCCACUCCACCUAGCUUCCGCCUACGGGCAUCUGAAUAUUGCCAAGCUCCUCCUCGCUCGGGGAGCAGAUCCCAAUUCUACUGACUGCUCCCUUUCCACUGCUCUUCAUUUAUCAGCAGAGGAAGGUCAUAACAGGGUAGUUAGACAGCUGCUGAAGAGUGGGGUAAAUAUUGACAUCGCAACCAACAAAGGAUACACUCCACUUCACCUGGCUGCUCACAAAGGUCAUACGGGCAUAUGCAGGCAGCUGUUGUCCAAUAAGGCCAGCCCAGAUACCAAGACCAUCCAAGGUUGGACCCCCAUACACCUGGCUUCCUUGAGGGGGCAUGAAGCCACGGUGGCCCAACUGGAGAAUCAGGGUGCUUGUGUGAACGUCAGAGGUCAGAAUGGAUGGACCCCACUCCACCUCGCCUGCCAUCAGAGUGAGUCGGAAGUGGUGGCAAAACUCCUGGCAGCUAAUGCUGAUCCGAACAUGUCAGAGGACAGUGAAGGAUGGACGCCAUUACAUAUCGCCUGUACCAGUGUCAGUUUCCCGAGUGUCCUCCACUUAAUAACACAUCGCGCAGAUGUCAAUGCUGUAAACUCAGGAAAGGCGACGCCUUUACACCUGGCCGCCCAGCAUGGCUCUGUGCCUAUUGUAAAAGCUCUGCUGCUGAAUGGAGCAGACAAGACUUUGCUGGACUCUUCUGGAUCCACAGCUCUGAAUGUGGCCCAGAAGUGUGAAAAAUGGGAAAUAGUACAACUGCUGGAGCAGUAGUUGCAAUAUAAAUGGAAGUAUUACAGUACAAUGAGAACAUGAACUACACAGCUAGAAGAUUGUCUUCCCUUUGAGUGGGGCCCUCAUGAAGCAGCUUAAAGCAAGUUUGUUUUAGUUUAAUAGCAUUCAUUUAAGAAUGAUAUUCCUCAUUAAAUUAUAAACACAAUUGCAGGUAAAACACACAAAGAGUGCUGCUACUGCUGGUUUUAUUUUUUCCCCAUUCUUCAGACAUUUAUGUCACAAACUGAUGCCAAAUCUGUAAAAUCCUACAGAAACAUUAUUAUGGAAUAUAGAGCCAACACAUGAUUACACACGAUGACUUUUAGAGGCAUUCAUUUGAUCAAACCUGUCAGAUCCUAUAAAGGUAAUAUGUGUCUAAUAAUGUGGUGAAAAUAUGGAUGACAACAAAACCAGUCAAUCAUCAUUUAGAUGCAUCUAUCCAACUCCUUCCAACCAUAAAUAUGUAUAUGCUUUAUGACAAAGCAAAGUAACCCUGAUUAUUAGUCCUUCCCUGCAGACCGUGGGAGCUUAUGCUACAUUCAUUUACCACAGUGACACCUUAUUAAAUUGGAAUUAAAUGCAUGGAUUUAGGAGCUUUAUUGACCUGCAUGUACACAAUUUUUUUCCCCUGAAACCACAUGAGAGGAAUUGGACUGACAGCACUGAGCUGCAUCAAAUGACUGUAAAUGAACAGAGCAGACUUAAAUUGGACUCAUACUGAGAUUAGAUUUAUUUUUGGUUGCUGAGUGAAUGUGUUUAAAAAGAUCAUUUUAUUCCAAAUUCCAAAAAGUUUAACUGGGAAUAUAUGAUGUAUAUAUGUAUAUGUAUAUAUAUGUGUGUAUGUAUUAUUAGGUGACGUCUGUUUUUUUUUUCUUGGGUUGUCUGCAACAACACUGGACCAACCAUCCAUCCUCCUCUAAUCCUAUGGGGGAUUAGAAGAAUUGGAAAAUGCAUACUGUGUGUGUGUGUGUGUGUGUGCGUGUGUGUGUGUUGGAGAUUUAAGAUUCACUAACAUUAUGCUUGUCUGCGGCUGCUCACCUGACCGUGUAAAACCAAUCCGAUUAUAAAAACGUGAAAAGUUAAAAGUGUACAAAUACAGAUUUACAACAACCUCUAAACCUCAGCUAAACCUAACUAACGUCCGCUAAGUUAGGUCUUGCUACUUCACAAUAAAAGUCAUACACUCUACAUUACCAGUAUGAUAGCAUUAUUUAUUCUCUAGCCUUUUAUUGUUUGGCUGAAUUUUUCCACAGUUAUACUAUGCGUUCAAUUUAUUUUUGACUCAUUUUUAUACAGCUAUCAGGAAGCUGUACUCACUUGGGCUGCUUUACAUUUAGAUAAGUGAAAUCCUGAUUUAUAACGUCAUACGGCUUAUAUCAGGAGCCUGACAAAGUAAAGUAUCUGCUCACCCUGCUUUCACUGUAAUUUAUACACUAGAAUUUGAAAUGUAGCUAUAACAUUAUGAAAGGAGGCUCUCGAGAGAGGACCAUGAUUUUCAGAUUAGCUAUGACAAUUUAUAGUUGAAAAUGUCCUUUUUACUGCAGUGACUCCCA